GCAGGCGCAGGAUUGGUCACUCCCCCGGGAGUGAGGGCUGCCGGGGCGGAUGACGUGGCCCGGUAACGUUCCUGCCCGUACGGCCUCCGGGGAACGGCGCUGCCGGAACAGCCCGCGGCCUAGUCCCGCCCAGCGUGCGUGUGCCUGCUUGCCGAGCCCGGGCUAGCGGCGGAGACUGCCGAGCUUGCGAGGACGCUGCUGACAUGGGGGAGUGACGCGCCUGCGCCCGCGCUUCCGCAGCGGCGGCGAGCCAUGAGGAGAGCCCGCGGCGCGGGCAGCGGCUCCUGAGCCUGCAUGGAGGAGAAGUACGGCGGGGACGCGCGGCCCGGGCCCGGCGGUGGCCUCGGGCCGGUGGACGUGCCCAGCGCCCGAUUAACAAGAUACAUUUUAUUGCUGUGUUUAACCAAAUGUUUGAAGGCUGUGGGACUUUUUGAAUCAUAUGAUCUCCUAAAAGCUGUUCACAUUGUUCAAUUUAUUUUUAUAUUAAAACUUGGGACUGCAUUUUUUAUGGUUUUGUUUCAAAAACCGUUUUCUUCUGGGAAACCUAUUACAAAGCAUCAGUGGAUCAAAAUAUUUAAACAUGCAGUUGCUGGAUGUAUCAUAUCACUUUUAUGGUUUUUUGGCCUUACUCUUUGUGGACCACUAAGGUAAAUACAAACAUGACCUUGCUGCUGUUUGAACACAGUGACAUUGUCGUAAUCUCUCUGCUCAGUGUUCUGUUCACUAGCUCUGGAGGAGGACCAGCAAAGACAAGAGGGGCUGCUUUUUUCAUUAUUGCUGUGAUCUGCUUACUGCUUUUCGACAAUGAUGAUCUCAUGGCAAAGAUGGCUGAACACCCGGAAGGACAUCAUGAUAGUGCUCUAACUCACAUGCUCUAUACAGCCAUUGCCUUUUUAGGGGUGGCAGAUCACAAGGGUGGAGUACUCUUGCUGGUGCUGGCUUUAUGUUGUAAAGUUGGUUUUCAUACGGCUUCCAGAAAGCUCUCUAUAGAUGUUGGUGGAGCUAAGCGCCUUCAGGCCUUAUCUCAGCUUGUUUCUGUGUUUCUCCUGUGCCCAUGGGUGAUUGUUCUUUCUGUGACGACUGAGAGUAAGGUUGAGUCUUGGUUCUCUCUCAUCAUGCCUUUCACCACAGUCAUCUUUUUUGUCAUGAUCCUGGAUUUCUAUAUGGAUUCUGUUUGUUCAGUCAAAAUGGACGUGUCCAAAUGUGCCCGCUAUGGGUCCUUUCCCAUUUUUAUUAGUGCCCUCCUGUUUGGAAAUUUCUGGACACACCCAAUAACAGACCAACUCCGGGCUAUGAACAGAGCAGCACACCAGGAGAGCACAGAGCACGUCCUGUCUGGAGGAGUGGUAGUGAGCGCUGUGUUCUUCAUUUUGUCGGCCAACAUUCUAUCAUCUCCCUCUAAGAGAGGACAGAAAGGUACCCUUAUUGGAUAUUCUCCUGAAGGAACACCACUCUAUCACUUCAUGGGGGACGCUUUUCAGCACAGCUCUCAGUCGGUGCCUAGGUUCAUUAAGGACUCACUAAAGCAGGUUCUCGAGGAGAGCGACUCUAGGCAGAUCUUUUACUUCUUGUGCUUGAAUCUGCUUUUUACCUUUGUGGAGUUGUUCUAUGGCGUGCUAACCAACAGUCUAGGCCUGAUCUCAGAUGGAUUUCACAUGCUCUUUGACUGCUCGGCUUUGGUCAUGGGACUGUUUGCUGCCCUGAUGAGCCGCUGGAAAGCCACCCGGAUUUUCUCCUAUGGGUAUGGCCGAAUAGAGAUUCUCUCUGGCUUUAUUAAUGGGCUUUUUCUGAUCGUGAUAGCAUUUUUUGUGUUUAUGGAAUCAGUGGCUAGACUGAUCGAUCCUCCGGAACUAGACACAAACAUGCUGACACCAGUUUCCGUCGGAGGGCUGAUAGUAAACCUUAUUGGUAUCUGUGCCUUCAGCCACGCCCACAGCCAUGGCCAUGGCGCUUCUCAAGGAAACUGCCACUCUGAUCACGGCCAUUCACACCAUGCACAUGGACACGGCCAUGAUCACGGUCACAGCCACGGCUUCACGGGUGGAGGCAUGAAUGCGAACAUGAGGGGUGUAUUUCUCCAUGUGUUGGCAGACACACUGGGCAGCAUCGGCGUGAUUGUGUCCACAGUUCUCAUAGAGCAGUUUGGAUGGUUCAUUGCUGAUCCCCUGUGUUCUCUUUUUAUUGCCGUGUUGAUAUUUCUCAGUGUGAUCCCACUGAUUAAAGAUGCCUGUCAAGUUCUACUUCUGAGACUACCACCUGACCAUGAAAAAGAACUGCAUAUUGCUUUAGAAAAGAUACAGAAAAUUGAGGGAUUAAUAUCAUACCGAGACCCUCAUUUUUGGCGCCAUUCUGCCAGUAUUGUAGCGGGAACAAUUCAUAUACAAGUGACAUCUGAGGUGCUGGAGCAGAGAAUUGUACAGCAGGUUACAGGGAUACUUAAAGAUGCAGGAGUAAACAACCUAACCAUACAAGUGGAAAAGGAGGCAUACUUUCAGCAUAUGUCCGGCCUGAGUACUGGAUUUCAUGAUGUUCUGGCUAUGACGAAGCAGAUGGAAUCCCUGAAAUACUGCAAAGAUGGCACUUACAUCAUGUGAGACGCAGCCCUGCGGCAUGAACAGUGAACAGCGGAGGUCGGAUGAGGUGAUAAUGUCAGAGCAGAGUGAAAGUUGCACAUAAUUGUACGAAAACUUUUUAAGCUCCCUACUGUUAGAUUAAGGAGUCUGUUUUAAAAGAAAAUUGAGAUGCAGAAUGAAGCAUUCAUUGAAUAAGAAAAUUGUCGCUCUGUUUGAAUUAUGUGCUUGAAAGGAAUCUUGCAUUGGAAUGAACAUGAUGUAACCGUACACAUCAUCUUCAGGAAUGGACGCAUAAUGAUGGAUUCUGGUGAAGACCAAAAUUUCUUCUGUGCAUUUACUCUCAGUCAGGAAGCAUCCCCACUGUAAAUAUGUAUUUACAUGUUUAUUACAAAGACUCAGAUGAAGUUUUUAGUCGAUUUUUUGCAUAUCUGAAGGACAAAAUGAGAAUAAAAUUCUAUAUUUAUGAAUUUUCUGUAUAUAAAACUAAUUUCUAAUUAUAACUUAAGUCUUUAAGUACAAGCUGUAUAUCUACUUGAAAUGUAAACUAUUCAGGAGAAAUUACAACCACUGAUUUGAGAUAAAGAGAAUAGAGAACUAUGAUAUAGUUCUUGGUGUAUUUCAAGAUUUAACCACUCCAUUAAAUAAAUUUUUUUUAUUUUUGGUAGUA